AUGUCUAACUCCAACCAAAAAGAAACAAAUAUAGCGAACUUCAACGAGAUAAUGAGAAGAACCAGUAACCGACUGAGAGGAGGAUCAGUCCCUCCACCUGAUUCGGAUGUGGUAGUUCCAGCUCCUGUUGUUGCCAAUCUUCGUGGGACGGUUGCGAACCUUAGGGGUCAAGGUCGUGGUCGUGGUCGUGGAUCUCUCACUGCAUCGAGCCGUAAUGUUGGUCAAAAAUCAGUUACCCCUGUUGUCACUUUGACGGUACCUGGUGAAGAAAAUCAAACCUCUUCAAACGCACAAGCAACAGAAGGCCAGGGCAGAGCCCAGUCCAACUCAGACGUUACACCUGGAGUCUCGAAUACUUCCGUGAUACAUUCCAAUGGUUUGCUGUCGAGGGAUAAUGUGGACAAUGUACCAAACUCGAAGCGAGAAAGAUACAACCCACCCUUGGUGAUGCCACUUAGAAGUGAAGCCUCGAUUACGAGAGUCAUUCAGGAUUACGCUCCCCUACCCGCAGAAACACAGUUACGGAAGUAG